GGAACCCAUGGGCUUUGCAGCGUUUGUAUGUUGGGAAAGUUCUUUCCAACUGUGGGCAGGAAAACUCAAAGAUGGAUGAUCCCAAGGCUGAAUUGCAGCUGCCCAAGCAACAAGUGGACCUUUAAAGAUGCAUACAGGGCUGCAAGAGAUGAAGGGAGAAAGUGGAGAGACCAAUGAAGGGAGGAAAAAGCAUGUUUCCUGGCAUAGCGGUGGCGCCAUCUGUGCAAAUUGAUCCUCUUGUGUGUGGUGUUAUCUUAGACUGCAGAAGUCUCUUCAGAUGGAACCUAUUGAUUCAAUUCGGAGCUUCUGGCAGUGGUUCACAGCACCAGCCACUGAUCCCCACUGCUGGGAUCACUUGACUCAUGCUGAACAGUGAUCCUGAAAGGUUUAAUAGGAAAAACUUGCCUUCUGCAAACAACUGAAAAAACUGCCCUCAGAAACCGUUUCUUUGGCCCUCAUGGAGCAGCUGGAACUUCCACAGUGAGGCCCUGGACAGGACAAGCUCUCUCUCCUGCCACCCGCCCCCACCCCCCCCCCCCCGACCCCGAUCAGCCAGAGCGGUGGUCGCCAUGGCCAGCAAGAGGAAAUCCACCACCCCGUGUAUGAUCCCGGUGAAGGCGGUGGUGCUGCAGGAGGCCGGUGUGGAGGCCCAGCCGGCUGAGGCCUUGCCUGAGGGGCCCCAGAAAGAGCCGCCCCCUGAAGUGCCUGCCGGGGGCAGUGGGGAGGUGACCCAGACGCCCAGCAGUACCGACGGCACCACACUGGCCAAUGGGCACCGGAGCACUUUAGACAGCUAUUCCUAUUCCUGCAGAUACUGUGACUUCAGAUCCCAGGACAUAACCCAAUUUGUGGGGCACAUGAACUCAGAGCACACAGACUUUAACAAGGACCCAACUUUUGUAUGCACUGAAUGCAGUUUUCUGGCAAAAACUCCUGAGGGGCUUUCUCUGCACAAUGCCAAGUGUCACUCGGGGGAAGCCAGCUUUGUGUGGAAUGUGGCCAAGCCAGACAAUCAUGUAGUCGUGGAGCAGAGUGUCCCCGAGAGCACCUGCACUCCCGACGUCUCGAGUGAGCCCAACACUGAAGGGACCGACGGACAGGCUGAAAUCAUUAUUACCAAAACCCCAAUCAUGAAGAUAAUGAAAGGCAAAGCUGAAGCCAAAAAAAUUCAUACGCUCAAGGAGAACAUCCCCAGUCAGCCUGUCGGUGACGCGGCCUUACCAAACCCAUCGGCAGGGGAGACCGAGGCGAAGGAGGGGGACCACUCCUUUGUCGACGGGGCGGUCCCGGUCGGUCAGCCAGCCUCCGGCUCGGCAAAAGCGCCACACGUGGUCAACGGGCCCCCGAUGGGAGCGGUGCCAGUCCUGCCGGCCGGCCUCGCCCAGUUCCUCCCCCUGCAGCAGCCACCCCCCGGGCGUGCCCAGCACCACCACCAGCCGCCGCCCACAUCCAAGUCCCUCCCCAAGGUGAUGAUCCCCCUGAGCAGCAUCCCCACCUACAACGCGGCCAUGGACUCCAACAGCUUUCUGAAGAACUCGUUCCACAAGUUCCCCUACCCGACCAAAGCCGAGCUCUGCUAUCUGACUGUGGUCACGAAGUAUCCGGAGGAACAGCUCAAGAUCUGGUUCACGGCCCAAAGGCUGAAGCAGGGCAUCAGCUGGUCCCCUGAGGAGAUCGAGGACGCCCGGAAGAAGAUGUUCAAUACGGUCAUUCAGUCUGUGCCCCAGCCCACGAUCACUGUCCUCAACACGCCCCUGGUUGCCAACGCCGGCGGCGUCCAACACCUCAUCCAGGCCGCCCUCCCAGGCCACGUGGUGGGGCAGCCAGAGGGCACGGCAGGUGGCCUGCUGGUCACUCAGCCGCUGAUGGCCAACGGGCUGCAGGCGCCUGGUUCGUCCCUGCCGCCGGCAGUCACGUCCGUCCCCAAGCCGCCCGCCGUGGCGCCCAUCAACACGGUAUGCUCCAACACGACGUCGGCUGUGAAGGUGGUGAACGCAGCUCAGUCGCUGCUCACGGCGUGCCCCAGCAUCACCUCCCAGGCCUUCCUCGACGCCAGCAUCUACAAAAACAAGAAGUCUCAUGAGCAGCUGUCGGCUCUGAAAGGAAGCUUCUGUCGGAACCAGUUCCCGGGCCAGAGCGAGGUGGAGCAUCUGACCAAAGUGACGGGCCUCAGCACCAGAGAGGUGCGCAAGUGGUUCAGUGACCGCAGGUACCACUGCCGGAACCUGAAGGGCUCCAGGCCCGUGCUGCCCGGCGACCAUGGCCCCGUCGUCCUCGACCCCGGGCCAGACAUGCCCUUCGCCCCAGCGGCCAAGGCCCCGGAGGGGCCCUGCGUCCCACCGGCGGCCACCCUGGCCGCCCCUCCUUCAGCCAGACGGCAGGCCUGGCAUCAGACCCCCGACUUCACGCCGACCAGGUACAAGGAGCGAGCCCCCGAGCAGCUCCGAGCCCUGGAGAGCAGUUUUGCACAAAACCCCCUUCCUCCCGAUGAGGAGCUGGACCGCCUGCGGACUGAAACCAAGAUGACUCGGAGGGAGAUCGACAGCUGGUUCUCGGAGAGACGCAAGAAAGUGAGCGCCGAGGACACCAAGAGGGCCGAUGAGGACGCCGCUCCAGAGGAGGCGGCGGCGGCUGCGGAGGAUGACGGAGAAGAGGAGCUGGCUGGCGACCUGAGGGUCCCUGGCGGAGACGGCUCCCCAGAAGGGGCCGGUGGCCACGCGCUGGCCGAGCGCAAGGUCAGCCCCAUCAAGAUCAACCUCAAGAACCUGCGAGUCACCGAAGCCAACGGCAAGGGCGAGCUCCCGGGGCUGGGCGCCUGCGAGCCCGGGGACGGCGGGCCCGGCGAGCCGGCCGAGCAGCCCCCGGGCAAGGCGAGCUGCAAGAAGACGGCCCAGCAGCGGCACCUGCUGCGGCAGCUCUUCGUGCAGACGCGGUGGCCCAGCAACCAGGACUACGACUCCAUCAUGGCGCAGACCGGCCUGCCGCGGCCCGAGGUGGUGCGCUGGUUCGGGGACAGCAGGUACGCCCUGAAGAACGGCCAGCUCAAGUGGUACGAGGACUACAAGCGGGGCAACUUCCCCCCGGGGCUGCUGGCGGUCGCCCCUGGCAGCCGGGAGCUGCUGCAGGACUACUACCUGAGGCACCAGACGCUGCUCGAGCGGGACCUGCAGAGCCUGUGCGACAAGACCCAGAUGAGCUCCCAGCAGGUCAAGCAGUGGUUCGCUGAGAAGAUGGGCGAGGAGACCCGGGCCGUGGCGGACACCGGCGGCGAGGACCAGGGCGCCAGUGAGCCCGCGGCGGCUCACAGAGGGACUGGUGACGGGUACUCGGAGGUGUCGGAGAACAGUGAGUCGUGGGAGCCCGGAGCCCCCGAGGCCAGCUUGGAGCCCUCUGACGCGCCGAGUCCCCAGGCUGCCCUGGAGCUGGAAACGGACUGAAUUUGAACUGAUUACACUGAAGGACUGGCCAGUCUGGGAUGCCGCCUGCCACGUGAAGGGGCUCCACCCGACUCUCCGCUGCCACAUGCUGUUCCCACGCCCGCCGCUGGGCACACACGAGAGCUUCUGGAGGCCUCGCUGCCAGCCCGGAGCCCACUGCCACCUUGGGCCCGCCACCACCAAGCGAGCCAGCCAGCGGGGAUCGCAGAGUCCUCGUCAGUUCUUCCUCCCACAAUGUAGGACCUUUCCUUUGCCUUCCAGUGGAUAAAAUAGUUCAGAUUUCAUAUUCAUAGACACAAAUCAAGUUUUUAACAUAUAAAUCUGCCUAUACACAUUUAAUAAAACGUCAGAUUGUAAACACUUUAAUUACAUAGAAACUUUGGUUAGCAAGCAGUACAUUGCCGUCUACGUCAUCUCUAAACAUGCCCCGUGUCUCUUCUCUAGAGAUCCCUGGGGCCGCGCGUCCCCUCGGCAGUGGGCCGGGGGCACCGCACACUCAGAGGCGUACCUGUUCGCUCCUCCACGAAGGCAGGGCUUUUGAAGAGGUCUCUGCUGUCACGCCGGGCUCGCGUCGCCCUGCGGGAUGAUAAUCUGUGCAGAAGCGCCGGUCCCUGCGGUUUGUACGUGAUGGCGCGUGCUCGUCCCGCCCGAAAGUCCUUACAGCCCUUCUCCUUUUUCAUGGGCGUCGGAAGCAUGGACCAGAACUUUUCGGUUCUCAGAUCACCUUAGACAAAAGUUUGUUGUCAAGCCUGAUGUACUGACCUAUGUGCCCACAUUUUUGUUUUUGUUUUUGUUUUUGUUUUUAAUCUAGAUGUGUUGAGAGUGAGAGGGAAAUUGAGAAAAAGGGGGCUUAAAGUGGAAGCGCGCAGCCCCGGCAGGUGGCUUUGGCCGCUGUGGUUUUCAGAGCCCUUGACCCUCACUCGCUUCAAGGCUGCCUUUGGUUGGGAAGGAAGACCUGCACUCAGCCAGUAGUCCGAGUGAGAGCUGACAGGAUCUGGGACUCCGGAGUUCUCAGAGCUGGGGUGGGCUUGCACGCAGGGGUUCCUGGCAGGACGCCCAGAGUACUCGCGGCCCUCACGCCAAGGGCCUGGCUGGGUGCUGGACAUCACUGGACGGGUGCUUGUGAGGAUUUUUCAAGUUCUGCAUUUCUGUCCCCAAAACUUGGAAACAAAAUCUUGGUCUACUUUAGCCUAAUCCUCCCAUCCGUUUUUUUUUUGUUUUGAGAAAAUCACAGGAAAAGGUGCUUUUGCAACACUGGGGAACUUGCUUACAGAGCUGUACUACAUGGUAAAUCCUUCUCUCCCCAAGACGGGCUGCCCUGACAGCAGCGGGUGGAGGGUGGGGCAGGCAGAAGGCCCAUCACGUGUACUUCUCACCUUCUGGGGACCACCCGCUUCCCAAAGCACCGUGACCUCAUGAGCACGCUCCUCCUGGGCCCAGGCUGGGUGAGUGGCAGGGCCUUUGGGCAAGAAACCCUGGUGGUGGGCUAGGCGUCGUCCUUCUCCCCAACCCCACGCGGGAACUGAACUGCGUGGGGCAGUGCUGGCUUGGCUCCAAGGACUGAAGGUGGUGGUGGCGCCUUCUGCCUUCCAGGAGAGGGGCUGUCUUUGCCAACCCCAAGCCCUUGAGCCCCUGUUCUUCUAAAGUGUCUUCUCUUCUCCCGGGCCCUGUAGGGACCACCUCUUAGUUGUUAACAAGUGAGUACUUGGCAAGUUUUGCACCCCAUGUUUGUGUCCUUUCCAUCUGAGUGUGAAGCUCUUUAGCCCCAAGGGCCUGUUUCCAGAAUUGCCAAGAGUGGUGAGUGAUUUUUCCUUCAGAGAACAGACACCUGGGAUUUUUCCUUUAGUGUUUAUGUACAUGCAGAUUAAUUUAUAUAUACACAUAGAUACAGGACAAAUACUCACUUUGAUACUUUACUCAGAAGAUGUACAUCUGAGGUGUGCACCUGAGGAAUCUAGUGGUGUGUGGGUGCCGGGGACAGUAGCCUGUGUUGAAGGCAGUGCUGGGAUCCCAGGUGCGGCUGGGGUGGCCCAGCCGGAAACCAUCAGUGUCUGAGACACCACCCUGCGGGCCCCACUCCAAGUCCUGCACAUACUGGCCAGAGGGUUGUGUCUUUAGAGAGGGUUUUCUUGGUUAUUUAAUUUGUGUUCAUAUUUCAUUUACAACCCAAACAGCAAAACAAAAAACGAAUUACGUGGUAGACAAGUUGGUGCAGGACAUAGGGACCCCACCUCGGCACCAGCCUGUCUUUGGAAGGUGGGAAAGCUCCGUCCGGUGCUGCCGCCUGGGCGUGUUUUCCUCACAGAUGUUCGCUCUCCCUUCGCCCAGGGCCACCCCGCACAUGGCAGGACCGCCCAGGUAAGGAGCCCCGCAGACUGGAUGGUUCCUCCCCACACUGUGCUCUUGGACCGGAUUGGGUAGUGGGGUUGGAGCCUCAGACAAUGAAAGGUGAAGGCAAGAGAGACAGGUCAGUGAGCAGGUGGCCCAGGAGAUGUUGCAACAGGUGCACAGGGCUUUGGGCGCUUGAGGAAUACAGCUGCCCCGGCACGCGGAAGCAUGCUGGCCCGGAACCGGAACUGCACCCCGUGCGUCGGGCCCCUGUCCCGUUGUGAGACAGAUCACUGCGGUUUUGCACACCGCCGGAGGGUGUCUGUAACGUCACCUCCAUUAAGAAGGCAGUCUGUGGGCUGUAGAGCUGAGAGAGGUGGGACGGGGUUUCCUAAAGUGACUGGUCGUUCCCCUCUUCUCCCGACGCACUUGGACUUGUCACGGUAGUAAAAUCUUUGGUGUUUCUUGUUGCCUGUCUUGCACGUUUGGUUUAUUAAUAUUUUUACACAGAGUUGUAGAUCCAGUUUUAAUAGGUGAAACUAGAUCAUCAUUCUGAUCAGAGAAAUCUGAAUUUAUGAUACAUACACUUUGCAUAUUUAAAAAAUUUUUUUAAUGUGGUUUUUUUUUUUUUUUGAGAGAGAGAAACAGAGUGCAAAUUGGGACAGAGGCAGAGAGAGAGAGAGACACAGAAUCCGAA